AGUAAAAUGUUUACAACGAUACGUCACGUACGUUAACAUGUAGCCACGUGUUUCACAUUCAAUGUUCCUAUUGCACCACAAUCGUCUUCUGUUAUUUUAUAUAUUAUGUAAAAUUAGUGAGAUACCCUUAACGAACUAAACUUCAGCUGUUUUAUGCGCCACUAAUACAUGUGGAAUCAAAAUCGUUGGUCAAAAAAACUUAAUAGGAAAAAUGAAUUAUUUAAGAGUUAUUCAAAAUAAUUGGAAAAAAUGCACAUUCGGUGCGGCAGUAUCUGUCUAUGCACUGCAAUCGCUGAAAACGCAUAUUGAGAUUGAACAAUAUAUGCGAGAGUUUGCUUCGAGCAUUCAGUCAAAUUGGGUAUCAGACCGACCGAAGAAAGUACUUGUGGUUAUGAAUCCAGUGGCCAAUAAAAAGAAAUCUGAGAAAUUUUUUAAGAACUAUUGUGAGCCGGUUUUGCAUUUGGCUGGGUAUUCUAUAGAGAUUCUUCGAACGAAUCAUAUUGGACAUGCAAAGACAUACGUGGAAGAGUUGUCUGCGCUACCUGACGCGAUUGUAGUUGCUGGUGGCGACGGAACCUCUUCGGAGGUUGUGACUGGCCUAAUGCGUAGGCGUGGCAACCUCUGCCCGAUUACCAUCCUCCCACUGGGACGUUCGGUUCAAUCCGCAUCCAAACGCAUCAACAUCUUUGGAGUCAAGGACGUGGCUUAUGUUAAGAGCCUCUGCAAAGCGUUGGAACCUAUGCUGAAGAAUGAAAGCCAAUAUCAAAGCGUGAUCCGCUUCGAUGUUAUUAACGAAGACGACGGAACCAACAGUCAAUUAAAGCCCAUAUUUGGCCUAAAUGGUCUUUCCUGGGGUCUUUUAGAGGACAUAAAUGUGGCAAAGGACAAGUAUUGGUACUUUGGGCCUUUGCGUCACUAUGCGUCUGCAGCAUCCAAAGCAUUUGCUGAUAACUGGAGUUUAAAAACCGAAUAUAUAUAUACACCACCAUGCCCAGGGUGCAUUGAUUGUGCUUCUGUUCAGCGGCAGGAAUCCGUUGUACCCUCUGGUCUCUUUACAAGGAACCUCCUGAAGUACCAAAGGAACACUGGCGAACCAAAGAGAGCACUCGUUAAGAACGAAAAUUGCAGUAACAAGUUCGAGGGAAGCGUAGAGGCCAGUCAAAUUAAUAUUAAUUGUGUGCAAAACAGGGAUAACUUUGCGGAACUGGAAAGCCAAUUCAUAAGUUCAUUGCAGCCGGGAUGGGAUUUCAUCAAGCAAAUUCCUCAAGUAACCUGCAGCAACAUUUUACCAACCUUGGUCGUUAAGAGUCGAACCAUUCAACUGCAUCCGGUUGGCGAAUUGGCCGAGAAGUUUUACUCUAUCGACGGCGAGGAGUACGAUGCAAGACCCAUUAAGGUAUCUGUUGUUCCCAAUGCUAUUAAAGUUUUUUGUUAAAAUUUUAAAUGUGUAUAUUAAUUAAAUCUUGAUUAAAUGGCGCUUCUAGUAUAGCAUAACACAUUCACAGCAAAA